AUGACCAAGAAAGACGAAAUGACAAGAAGUGAUGAAAAGUUACGUGAAGUGAACAAGUUACGAUUAAUAACAUUUUGGGGAGUAACAAUGUCGACUUUUGCAAUGUUAGUGUGUGCUUUAAUGAUACCUAUGGUUUAUAAUUAUUUACAACGAAUGCAGACAAUAAUGCGAAACGAAGUAGAAUUUUGUCGAUUAAGGUCAAGUAAUAUUUGGCGUGAGGUUGUACAUACACAGCACAUUGUAUCAUUAAACGGAAUUUUGCGUAGUCAAGAAUCAAACCAAAAUACCGGCAACGAGUUCCAAAAACGUAUUGCUCGCCAAGUUACGUAUUGUUGUGGAUGCGGUAUUGGUCCUCGUGGAUUAACUGGUAAUCCAGGACCCGAUGGUAAAGAUGGUGAGGAUGGUGCACCUGGUAAUGAUGGUAUUGGCCUUUAUGCAUAUGAAACAUUAAUUACACCACGCGACUGGUGCUAUGAUUGUGAAGAUGGACCACCAGGUCCUCCUGGUAAUCAGGGUCCAAAAGGUGCGCAAGGUAAACAAGGACUAGCUGGACUUGGUGGAUUACGGGGUCCUCCGGGACCACCAGGACAAAUUGGACCUCCCGGAACACCUGGAAUGCCUGGAAUGAAAGGACUACCAGGAUUACCAGGAAAAAUACUAAACAUAGAAGGACUCGAAGGGCCAAUGGGACCAAUAGGUAUGUAUGGACCACCUGGAGCCCCUGGCAUAGCAGGGGAAGCAGGAAGACCAGGAUUAGCAGGACUUCCAGGUGAACAAGGAGAACCUGGAAUGGAUGGGUUACCUGGAAGACCAGGUCUCACGGGUGAGCCAGGAGCGAACGGAGAAAAUGGUAUUCCAGGAAUGUGUGAUCAUUGUCCACUACCACGAACGGCUCCUGGAUACUAA